UGCCUCUCACCGCCCGCCGACCGCAGACCCAGAGUGACGCCGCUCCCGCGCGCCGCCGGAGACAGGAGCCAAGCGAGCGUCCAAACUUCUCAGACGCGGAGACCCGUGUGAGCAUCGCGAUCGUGUCCCCACCAGUUCGAGGCAGCAUGGCUCCCUCCGUGCAGCUCAGCAACGGCAUGCAGAUGCCGCUGCUAGGUCUCGGCUGCUGGCAGGCCGACGACGGAAAGGACGUGGCCGUGGCCGUGGAGGCCGCCCUGCUGGCCGGAUAUAGGCACAUCGACACCGCCUACUUCUACGCCAACGAGGCCGACGUAGGACGCGGCAUCAAGGCUGCCAUCGCCACCGGCAAGGUCAAGAGAAGCGACAUCUUCGUCACCACCAAGCUGCCGCCGAUCGGGAUGCGGCCCGAGAGGGUGGAAAAGUACCUGAGGAAGUCGCUGAAGGCGCUGGACUUGGACUAUAUCGACCUCUACCUGGUGCACCACCCGGUGGGCUUUGAGGAGGUGGACGAAAACGACAACAUGCCGCUGGAGAAUCCCGGCACCGACAAGGAAAAGGUGAAAUUCGACUUUUCAACCGACCUCAUCGCCAUCUGGAAGAAGAUGGAGAACAUGGUGGAACUCGGUCUGGCCAAGACGAUCGGCAUCUCCAACUUCAACCCGAGGCAGAUGAGGAAGAUCAUGGCCAUCGCUAAGAUUCCUCCGACGGUCAACCAGGUUGAGUGUCACGUCUACUUCCAGCAGAAGGAGCUUCGUGAGGCCUGUAAGCAGCACAACAUCGCCGUCACCGCCUACGGCCCGCUCGGAUCGCCCGGGCGGAAGCUCUUCUACGAGAAACAAGGCAAGACGAUCGAGCUGCCGGACCUCCUGCGGAACCCGGUGGUGCGUCUGGUGUCCGACAAACACAAACGGUCGGCGGCCCAGGUGCUGCUCCGGUUCAUCACGCAGGAGGGCAUCAUUGUCAUUCCCAAGUCCACAAACGAGAGUCGCAUCAAGCAGAACGGCGACAUCUUCAGCUUUGAGCUGGACGAAGUAGAUAGGCAGGCGCUCCGUUCGCUUGAUCAGGGAGUGGCAGGUACCAUUUUCAAAUUCGCCGAGAUUUUUCCAGGGUACGAGGAGCACCCCGAGUGUUUCUUUUGAACUGGCUGGUGCUGGCUAUGGUUUUACCUAACCAUUCUGUGUCGGUGUGCUCGAUGUUAAAGUAGCACCGUGUCUAGAUGUCUGUCUGUGCAUUUUUGACUAGGCAGGCAUUUCCGUGUGCGUGACUUUAAACGGAAAUGUUGUUUAGUGUGCGAUAUAUGCGCUUGAGAAUGGUUGAAUGAGAUCAGAAUGUUUUUAUCAAAUACAAUGGUAUCAAUUUG